AUGGAGGGCGAAGUUGAGUACUUCAUGCUGCUUGACACCUUUGUCAAGAAGUUUGGCCAACCGGCCAAGGAGAAAAUUGUGAAGCGAACCUUUCGUGGAAAGACCAUGGAAGGGGUUAUGGUCGUGAAGGAGGAAGAUGAAGGCAUGUUCAAGAUCACCAAGAAACAGAAACAUGCAGUCACAAUGUCUCAGCGUAUGUCAGAUCUGGAGCUACGACCAGGCCAAGCUGAUGAUAUGUUCAACAAGGCAGUCAAAUCGUUGUUAUCAGCAUGUGGUGAAAGCAAUGAGGACUUUGUUCUUUUGGGAUCAUCAUCGGCAUCUUCGGUAUCUAGCAGUCGCUCUGCCAACAUCAUUCUGAAUACCGCUGCUCUCAACAAGGAUGGCAAUGAUGGAGAAGCUGAUAAAAUCACUACCCGUGCCCACAAACCAGAAGAGAGAGGAGAAGCCAAUUCAGAUGAUGAGGUUCAAAUGUCAUCAUCAGGCCUGCUGAAAGCUUUUGCUUCGGCCAUGGGCAGUGAACCAUCUUCGAAAGCAGCAGCCCGGCCCAAAGCAAAACCAAAGGCUGCAUCAAAAUCUGGUGCUGGCAACGGCAGGAAAAGAAAGGCGGAGGCAUCAGCAUCAGAUGAGUUGCCUGGGUCAGCUUUGUCGAUUUCUGAUCUUCAAACACCUGCUCCACGUGGUCACCAAAGCAGUGCAGAUGAUGAGACAGGCCCGAAUGGCACAAAAAGGGGUCGUGCCAGCCAACAGCAAUUGGCGGAGACUGAUGGUCGCUUUGCCGAAGAGAUGCGGCUGUGUUCAGAAGUGAUGAGCAAAUGUGCCAACAAAAGUUCUCAGAUGAAGCGUCGCAAAACCAAAGAUGAUGAUGCCAGCGACAAAGUGUCUGAAUACCAACAGACAGCCACGAUGUUUUACCGCUUCUUCAAUGAGAUCAGUAGCAGUGCACCUCGUCCUGCUGAACUUGCAAAUGCUAUGGCUCAGGUCACAGCUUGUGGAUAUGUGUGUGGCAAUAUGUGCACCAUGAAAUUGCUGAAGGCCAAGGUCUUUGACUUUGUGAAGUACACUCGCUUUUCGGACAUUACCAUUUGUGCUGCGGAGAUCAUGUCCAAAGAAAUGCCAGAGUUGCCUGAUCAAGACUUCUUCAAGCAUCACUAUGGGUUGAUCUUGGAACAGGUGAUGCAGAAACUGCUGCGCACGUUGCCACCAGCCAAUUUGAAGCUCAAUACUCCAACUGUUGCCCACUUGAGACUCUUCCUUGAGGCAGUGAGCAAAGACCAAGUGAUUCUUUCAGAAACAUCAGCCAAUCAGAUCAAGGCCCUUGUGAAGAUCUUUUCAAUGAUGGACGACAAGACAAUUCUCCCGAACCAGGUGUUGAAUGCUGUUGCACUUGUGCGUGAAGGAUCAGAUGAAUAUCGCAUGUUUCAAGCAAUGAAAAGCUUGCCACAGGGAAACAUUCUACUCAACGAAGCUCAUGACACUGCUCAGAAAAGAAUUGCAGCAGACAAAUCGUUAGAGCAUCUUGCUGCUGUCACCACAAAAAUCGAUCAAUUGGAUGCCAAGACCGAGAUGUCUACAUCCGAGCUCAUUGAGAUAUGGUCUGAGCUGGUGAAGGUUGAGACGAUGAUGCAGGACAAACCCGGAUCUGCAAACCUACCUUCUUUGCAUGAGAAGUUGAAGGAGAAGGCUCAGUCAUGCAUUCAGGAGCACAUCGAGUCUGAGUUUGCGAGCUACAUCGCCAGCCAGCUCAUGCAUGCGACCAACAAGAUGAAGAGCCUGGAAUGUCCAGCCUGGAAUGUUCUCGGCCUCUGCAAGUAUAUGUCGGAGGAAUCCAUUUUCAGGCACCAUGCAACCAUCAAAAAAUGCUGUGAUGCAUUGGAACUCGGAUGGUCUUCCGGAGAGUCACUCCCAAUUCCACUCCAGAAGGUGCAGACGUACAUGGACGACUGGGACAAAUGUGAGCAUGAUCUGACCAAGAGUUACCCUGCAGCAUCAUUUCCCAAACUUCAUGAAGCAUUCACCAACUUUGGCAAGUACUUUGGUGAGCAAAUGCAGAAGGGGUUCAAGGAAAAGAAGCAAGAACUGCAUGGCAAAAUGGUCAACUUGCUCCAAGGAGCACUCGUCAAAGAACCAGCUUCCUCAAUUUGGCCUGAUCUUCUUCAAGUGACUGAGGACUACAUGAGACUUGGAACAUCAGACGUGUUCUCUGAGGAAGAGCGCAAAGAGAUGCAUAUCUUUGGACAAGCCACUUCUAUUUUCCGCCAAAUUGGCUUCAAUGGUCUUGCAUACUCUGAAGCACCGGCGGUUCUGAAGAUUUCCGCGAAGCCUAGUCCUGAAAGUACCAGCAUGUUCUCUGCUCUGAAGGAGAUGAAGGCUGGCAUUGCGUCAAUGGAGAAGUUUGGAGAACCAUCAGUUCCAGAUAUCCUUUGCGGGCAUGGUGUUGAUGAGAAGGUCAAGCCACUGAUUGUUGUUCUCAAGACCAAGUUUGCAGAGUGGUCAUCCGACUUUUCCAACAAGAUCGGUGAACAGUCGCAAAAAAUGGCAGAAACCUUAGCAUCUUUGCAGUUGCCAACAUACAAUCCUGAUGAUCACAAUUCGUCAGUGAAGCAGUUUAUGGCAAAGGCUUCUGGGCUGGAGAAGAUCGCAGAGAUAGUGGCAAAGCUCAAAGCGUUUGUCGCUGCCGCUACAACAUGCUGCUCAUUGGCUGGAAUGGAUAGCAACAUUAGUGCUGUCAGUUCUGCUCUUACAGAGGGAAAAACAUUCCUGUACAUCUCCACUGUCCUUACGGUUUUGAGCUCACCUACAUGGUCUUCAAUGACACCUGAGUUGGCAAAGAAGACUGAUACCAAACAUGGUCAGCUUUGCAAGCACCUUGAGUAUGCGCUGACCCAUGCUUCCAAUGAUGGAAUUUCUUUGCCUGGUGAGAUUCAAUCCAAAGCAGCCGAGUUGAUGGCAAUUGCAGGACUUAAAGUGUAG